GAAUUCCCAAGAGACACAGUAAAGUCUCACAGGUCUCUUUGGUGGCGGGAGCUCAACUGUGCUGACAGAGUACGGGCUCGGUCCGGAUUUGCUGCCUGCCCAGAGAAACGCUGCAACAGAAAUACAUCUGCACAAAAUGAUUAUGUGACUGAACGUGGAGACCAGCGGAAAAAAGAAGCAGCUAAACUAAGUGACAAGAGACUGAAAUUUACGGUCAGCAGAUGCAGAGGAAGGUAAGUAAACAGGAGGAGGUGAAGCUUGGCGGCGCAGCCACGUCGCCGCCGGCCGACCUGAGCUGCCUGCGGGGCGGCGGGGGAGCGGACCGCGAGGCGGGGCUGGCGACGCUGGAGAAACAGCUCAUCUGCCCGAUCUGCCUGGAGCUGUUCAGCAAACCGGUGGUCAUCCUGCCCUGCCAGCACAACCUCUGCAGGAAGUGUGCCAACGAGCUCUACCAGCCCUCCCUGUUCCAGGCUCGGACCACCAUGCUGGUGAGCAGCGGCCGUUUCCGCUGUCCGUCCUGCAGACAUGAGGUGGUGCUCGACCGCCACGGCGUCUACGGCCUUCAGCGAAACCUGCUGGUGGAGAACAUCAUUGACGUCUACAAGCAGGAAGUCAGCAGCAGCAACAAUAGCACAAGCCCCCUGCCGCUUCCUCCACAUCCCGCUAAGCUGAUGUGUCCGGACCACGAGGGGGAGAAGGUGAACAUCUACUGUCGCACCUGUCAGGUCCCCACCUGUUCCCUCUGCAAGGUGUUCGGGGCUCAUCAGUCCUGUCAGGUGGCUCCUCUGACAGACAUCUACCAGCAGCAGAAGGCGGAGCUGAGCGAAGGAGUCAGUUCGCUGGUGGCUGUCAACGGUAAAAUCCAGGCGUUGAUCAGUGAGCUGGAGCAGACCUGCAGAAACAUAGAGGAGGACUGUAAGACCCGGAAACAGAGCGUGUGCGACAAGUUCGACGGCAUGUUUUCCAUCCUGGGGGAGAGACACAAGGCGAUGACACAGCGAAUCAGCUCCGAGCAGGACGAGAAGACGGGCCGCGCCCGGGCGCUGGUGCGUUGCUAUGGAGACAGCAUGGAGGCCAACGCCAAACUGAUGGAGAGGGCGUUGAGCGGCAUGGAGGAGCCGGACAUGGCUGCUUUCGUCCAGAAUUCAAGAGAGCUGAUCACAAAAGUCAUAGCAGCGGCCACCUCCGGUCCGGCUGAGACGCUGAAGCCUGGUUAUGAGAAUAUGAGCCACUACAAAUUUAACUUUAGCCGACAGGAGAGAGCCCUGAGGAGCAUAGACUUUAUUAAAGCUGUGGAGGAUGUUCCUGAAGAACCAGAGGCUGAACCAGAGCCAGAGGAACCCAAAGAGGCCUCUGUCCAGAACACUGAACCAGAGCACCACCAGGAAACCUCCAUCCAGAACCUGGAGUCUGUUGUAGAACCAGUUAUAGAGACAAUCCCAGCACUGAUAUCACCCCCAGGGGAACCAGUACAGACAGCAGCACCAACACCAACCCUGAUUCCACCAGCUCCAGGACUGUUGAGAGACUCCGUGGAAGCUGAAGGGGCAGAUCUGCAGCCAGCGACCGACGACGCAGACCUGAAUGAUGAAGGAUCGGGUCCGAUUAAGAACAAGGAGGAGGAGGAGGAAGAGGAGGCCGAGGGAUGUGCAGCUCCUGACUCUGUUAAAGAGGUGAACAUCUGUGAACCCCAGGAGGGAAUGAGCACACAACAGGCCGUCACUCUGCUCUUCUACCUGUUGGCCUUCCUGGUCAUCCUGCAGAGGGUUUGGUCUUACAUCGGCUGCUUCAUUUGCACAUAACACCAGCAGGGGACACAUCCAUCCUCACUGCUGCACAGCUCAGAUGGAGACUGAGACUAGGAGUCCUGCUGAGACCAGUACCCCGCUCUCCUCCUCUACCUCCUCCACCUCCUCCCCCGCCCUCAGGGAGGCUCCUCGUCGACCCAGUUUCUGCUUCUCCUGGCUCAACCCCCUCCACAAGAAGUAGCGGAAGGAGAGGAUCGUUUGGAGAUGAAGUUUUACUGAAGAGAUAAAGAAAGAUGCACUUCACCUCCGGAGUCAGUUUCACCAGCCCAGCGUUGCUCCGAGACUGAAAACAUACUUAAAUCUGAGAACCUCAGGCACUACUGAGUUUCUUUAGUUUUAUUAUCACUGUUCUAAAGAUUAAUCCGGUUUAAAAUACGUUAGCACUUCUGUGUUGUGUGGACAAAACAGGAGUAGAUCUGCUCUGGAUCUGAGUGUCUAAAGGGAAAAACGCUCACGCUGUCGAUGUUUUAUUUUGAAAACUUAUUGAGAAUUAAUUGAGUUUUUUGUUUUGUUUUUGGAAGCUGUUACACUUGGCACCGAAGGUCUCCACAAGCUUUAUGUUUCUGACUUUAAGUAAGAUCUGCAGAGGGUAGGAGUACAGUAGUGUAUAAGAAGUAUUUGGAAUAGCAGCCGUUGCCGUUAUCUCAGCAGCUGUAGUCACAGUAGAACUAGUAAUAGCAGCAGCAGUAACAGGGGAAGUUAUGUUUUUGUAAAAGUUUGUGUAUUAGCAGUUGAAGAAGAUGCAUAAGUACAAGUUUUAGUACCUACAGCAGCAGGAGCAGCAGCAGAGCAGUAGUAGUAACAGUGGCGGUAUCUGGUUUACUGCAUUAGCCUGUUACUUUGGGUGUGGGUGCGGGAUGUGAACAGAAAUUCAGGUUGUGAUCAUUAUCGCAGCAUUUCAGUGUUUUAUUAAUUGUGCCAAUAUUUGAGCUCUCACGCAUCAGCCAGCUCGCGCUGUUACGGAUUUGGGUAAAAUGGAACUGAAAAACAUUCAGAAAUAGACAUAAGAACCUGCGUCUAGGUGUUGUUACUGAUUUCUGUCAAAGGAAAUCCAAGGUUUCAACAGCCUUUUGCUGGGGAUCUGCAGUCGUGAUCAUAGUCCUAUAUUAGAAACAGGGAAAAGAAUAGCUCUCAUUGUAAAAGAGGAAUCAGUGACUGUAGAUGAAGGAAAGGAUGAAUUACAGUGGAAGUAGCUGUAGCAGUAGCAAUAAUAGAAGAGGUCACUGUCUUUUUUCUUAUUAGAAAGAUUUCAAACACUGCUAGACCCGGUCGAGACCCGGGCGUCCAGCUCGAACCGGUUUGAACUGGUGAUGUCGGACGCCAGAUGGGAUUCAGUGUGGUUUGGUUUGGCACUGAAAACAUUUGUGUGUGUGUGAGUUGAAGAGUCAAAAGUAUUUUU